GAUAUUGUCCAACCCGACCCGACAACACUAUCCCCUUCGCCGCUCCCUCUCCCACGCGCGCUCUCCACCGAUCGAAGCUUCCGGCCGCGAUGUUGCCGUGCCGCCCGCUGGCGCCGCCGCCCCUGCCGCGUGCUCUUACCUUCGUGCGGCUCCCGCCGUCGUCGCUGCGGCCGCCGCCCUCGUCGCUGCGCGUGGUGCGGUGCAUGGCGAAGGAGCGGCGGGUGCGGAUGGUGGCGAAGCAGAUCCAGCGGGAGCUCGCCGACAUGCUCACCCGCGACCCCGUCCUGCAGCGCGCGGUCCUCCCCGAGGCCGCGCUCGGCGCCGACCGGUACCUUUCGUCGCUCACAACCAUCGCCGACGUCGAGCUCUCCAACGACCUCCAGGUGUGCAAGGUGUACGUGUCCGUGUUUGGAGACGAGAGGGGGAAGAAGGUUGCCAUUGAGGGGCUCAAGGCCAAGACCAAGUAUGUUAGGAGCCAGAUAGGCAAGCGGAUGAAGCUGCGCCUCACGCCAGAGAUACGGUUCAUCGAGGAUGAGUCCAUGGAGCGCGGAAGCAGGAUCCUUGCUAUACUCGACAAACUAAAGGAGGAAAGGGAACAGCAAGAAGGAAAAGACGGGGAGGAAGAUGCAGAAGGUUCAUAUGUAUCAGAAGAAGAAGAAGGUGACUGGGAUGCAGACGAGCCAGAUGAGGAGGACAUCAUUUAUGUAAAAUAGCCCAUCGCUUCCUAGGAACUUGGUCAUCAUUGAUCCUACCUCAAAACACUGCAGUUCUCUUUGGAGUCUAAUCCAGUGAAGUUCAUAACUCACUGCUCAUCUGCUUGCCGAAGGGCUCCAAGGUAUCUCGGCACUUGAAGAGGUUUGCAGAGACACCUCUUUUUGCCGAUUGAAGCAGGUCAUAUCACACCCCUGCUGCCGAUUAGAAGCUGGUCAUAUCCUUUCUUCAUGGCUCGUCGAUACAGAGGAUAUUCUAAAGAGGAAUUUGGAAGAUAUAUAAUCAUCUUUCUGCCACUAGAUCAUGAUAUCUGACCAUCGGUGCAAGACAGUUUUGACUGAUGUUCAUUCCUGUCUUAUGUUAACUAGUACUUGUUCAAUGUGUAUCUUUCCUAGUUCUUUUUUCAAGAAUGUUUGCCUAGUUAUCUUGCUGUGUUUCAGUUUCCAUUUUCUUCUAUGGUUUGGGUACAGUCUUUACUUCUUUCUCAUCAUUAUGUAAUAGAGUAACAUCAGUUUAAUGAUAAAAGAGCACUUUGUCAUCUGAGCUAGUACAAAAAAUGAUCUGGACAAAGUUACAAAUGUACCCUCCAGCUGAGCUGCUUCUGGAAAUUAGUAGUCCUUCAGUUCCUAAGGUGGUUUGUGCUUUAAUUGAAUUGAUCUGCUGUUCUAGUACAGCUAUGGUUAUUCAGGUGACCAUCAUGAGAAGCAUGACUUGCCUUUUCAGCUCUUAAUUUUAUGCGCUGCAGCAAUUCUAUUUAGUUUCAACUUUUCACCAGCGAAAAUUUUCAUUAGCUAGAAGAGGAUUGUGAAAGCUGAAGAGUACUGUGGUGAACUGGUGAUCCAAUCUCCUGCAUGUGCCUACUUAUUUUGGGCAGGCAUUACAAAUACUGAACAACACAUUUUGCCAUCGUGAAAUUGCUGAUGCUAACGGCUCAUCUGGUUCAAGCAAUCUGCUGAACACACAUCUAAAGAGGAUGAAGUCUUGUUACAAGCACAAGUAACUCAACUGAUCUGGAGGAAAGAGUGUCUACAGAAGCUAUCAGUAGAGUAUCAGCUGUUGUCUUUGGAUGAACAAAGUGCAGACUGCAGAAGAUACUGAAUGGCUUUCCACUAAGAAAUGUGCACCAAACGCUGCAGACUGCACUGUGUUAAAAAAAGGAGAACCAAAAAGGUUCUGAGAAAGAUGGUAACCAAUGGAAGAACCACUGCAUGUCCUAUGGUUGGUCCCUUUCUUUCAGAACGAGAUCCGUUGACCUCAUUUAUGCAUAGUGCAAGCGUGAAGAAACUAAUGAAGAUCGAAAACCUCAUGCUGACCUUUAGAAGGACCAUUUCUCUUGAGUUGAUGUUGAAAUGGUAGGAUUCUACACUUCCAAUGGUGUUUAUUCUGUCCAGUCAGUUAUCAGAUUUAGGGGGGUUGUCGCUGUUUUUACUCCUGUCUGGCUGCUCUGUGUUCCCACUAGGAUUCACAUCUUUCUGCGGCUUUUGUAACUAGAAAUAAUUUGAAAAAGGAAAGUAGAUGAUCUCCCUUGCCUGUUUUGCAAUGAAAAUGAGUCUUUUUGCCA